AUGCUCAACUGGGCAAUUGAGCUUAACGUGUUUGAUAUCUCGUAUGAACCGCGGAAGGCAAUAAAGGGACAAGCAUUUGCUGACUUCAUCCCGGAGCUGACCAAGCCACCCUAUUUGAAGAAUGAGAAAACCCAGUGGAUAGUUCAUAUGGACGGCUCUGCCACUCAGAACGGGUCAGGAGCCGGCAUUAUCUGCGAAUCACCAGAAGGGGAUAUCUACGAAUAUGCAAUGCGGUUUAACUUUCACGCGUCAAACAACGAAGCUGAAUACGAAGCCCUGAUAUGUGGAAUUCAGAUGAGCAAAGCCGCAGGGGCAACAGACGUCCUGGUUUUGUCUGACUCGCAGUUAAUCGUCAGUCAGGUCAAAGGAGAAUAUGAGGCCAAGGAUGAGGCCAUGAUAAAAUAUCUGGAAAGAGUUCGUCAAGAAGUUCAACAGCUGUCUAACUUUGAAGUACAACACAUACCCCGGUUUGAAAAUAACAAGGCAGACGCUUUAUCCAAACUAGCAAGCUCAGCAUCAUGCGACACGCCACGUCAUCUAUUCUGGGAGCAAAAGACCUCGGCAAAAAGACCAGGGCAGACAUCUGACGUCUCAAGUUGGAGGCGUUAG